AUUUUAAGUCUUAAUGUUUCAAUGUUCGAGUUAUGAUUUAAACAAUACGGGUUUAAGAUUUUUUGUGAGUGGUGAUUGGAAACUAAGAUGAAGGCUUGAUUUACUGACACCUUUUAUGUCUUUAUUUAACAAAAUCAUUUACUAAUAGUUAGAUAAGUUUUGUUAAUCUUCCGGAUCAUUUUGUGCACACCUAUCUAUUCAGUAGUUCAGGUGUUUAGACACUGCUAAUUUAAGUUAAAAAAGUUUUAAAUUUCCAUGACCUCCAACGUAUCAUGGGUCAUGUGGCACGCGCUUAUAUUGUAUUAAGACAUAUGCACGGCACUAAAAUACUGUAAAAUGUUUCAUUAAGACGUCGGUGAAUACCAAGGCAGGCAGGAGCAGGGAGUUGACGGCGGAUUUCCCCAUUUGAUUUUUUUUUAUUUCUUAUUCAAUCAAAAUGGAAUUAAUCAAAGUGUUUGCUUUUAUCCUGAGUGUUGCUUAUAUAAAGAGUUAUCCUUUUUCUGAAGGAGAUAUACGUUUGAUUGGAGGAUCUAGUUCAAGUGAGGGGACAGUAUUAGUAUUCCAUGAUAAUAAAUGGGGAUCAAUUUGUGACCAUAACUGGGACAUUAGAGAUGCGCAUGUUGUCUGUCGUCAGCUCGGGUACCCUAGAGCCUUGCAGUAUGUCCAUGGGAGUAGAUUUGGCAGAGGACGCAGAAGAGUAUGGCUUGCUGACGUGUACUGCCGAGGAUCUGAACCAAAUAUUUCAGCAUGUUGGAAUCCUGGAUGGGGAAUAUUUUAUCGCCGUCAUCGGAACUCAUGUGGAGGGCAUAGACAUUCAGCAGGUGCUGUCUGUUUGAGAAUUCCAACACCUGCCCCAACGACGUUACCGCCAACAUCGAAUAUUGAUGGAAACGUAAUUGAAAGUGCAAUUGUUCAAAACAGUGACAGGGUUGAAGUUGUUAAUUCGCCAUCGCACAAUGUGCUUCUAGGAGAUGAGGCCGAUAAUGUACCUAUUGACCGACGAACACAAGUAUCAGAUUUAGGACAUGAGGGCAAUAAUGUACCCAUUGACCGACGAACACAAGUAUCAGACCAAAUUGAGGAAUCAUCAAUCGAAAGAGUGACAACAAAAACUACAACACAUAAACCGACGACAAGAAAAACAACAUCUCCAACAACCACUACGACGAAAAAACAAACAACAACUAAACCGUCUACAACAACUGUAAAACCAACAACAACCACAACUAAACCCACAACGACUAUGACGACACCUACAACGACGACGACACCAACAACAACGACGACGACACCAUCAACAACGACCACACCAAAGCCUACGACAACUAAAAGAUCAACCACAAUAUUUUACGAAGCAGCCCGAUUGCCUCGUAGAUUGCGAAUAGGGACUUGGUCAAUGGAUAAAGAUAUUAAAAUGUGGGUAAUGCCUUUGAGAAGAGGUGGUUACUUGAUUGCUAAACCAGGAGAUUCUACAAGGACGAUUACUGAAGAUGAGUAUAUCCAUAUAAGACACGAAAUAAUGAAACCACCGACGGUGACAACUCCCUUUGUCUCUGUUGCAGACGAAAUCCAGGAUGACGAAACGACGGAAGAAGACCAAAGAAGGGAACGUAUGAAAGCAGACGAUCCUGGAAUAGUCUUAGAAGACACAGAAGGUGAAAAUAGCGACUCAUCUCAAAAUAUUCUCAUUAAAUCUGAAGACAAUGACAAAAAUGAUGUUGAUGAAGAAGUUCAAGAUAUGUUGACAGAGAAAGUAAGCGAAGACGAUUUGGACAAUAGAUCAUUUAAUGUAGAGCAAACAUCUCCGUUACCAACAACGCAGAAAACAUCCACACAAAAACAAACUACAACAACAACAAAACCGACGACAACGACAACAACUACUACCCCGAAACCAACAACCACCCCUACAACUACUUUGAAGACUACAACCAAACCAACAACGGUAAUACGAACAACACAAGGACGUGUUACACGUCAAUCCACUGUAAACGAUAGAGCUGAUGGAUUACCAGCUUUAACUGUUGCCUCAUGGGUAUUGGACAGGGAGGUUGUAUUAUGGGUGUUGAAAUUAAGAGAUGGAAAAUUCAUGAUUUCAAAACCAGGUGAACGACCAGCAAAGUAUACCAGAGGUGAAUACAUCAACAUGCGUAGGCAAAUUUUGCGAGAAUCGGCCACACCAACAACUCCUAAUCGUCAACAGAGUAGACAGUCCAACUCGGGGUCAAGGGCGCAAGAUGACGAUCCUUCCGUUCAAAAUGGCAGAUUAACAUUGGGUAACAGUCAAAGUUUGCCAAUGGGAAAUGUAGCUGAAGGUGGUAACACAAACCGAGGAAAUAACGUAAACGAGAGAAUUGGAACCAGUUCUGUAAACACUGGACUUCCUAGCGGCUUUCAUGCACAUCGUCAUGGGCAUGGCAACAGAGCUGACAACAGACAUAAGAGAGUACAGGUAAAGUUAUCAGGAGGCAGACACGACAGUGAUGGAAGAAUCGAAGUAUUACCACAAGACCAAGAUGUAUGGGGUGUUAUCUGUGGUGACCACUGGUCAAUAAGGGAAGCAAUGGUAGCAUGCAGACAUUUUGGAGUAGGCUAUGCAAUGCAAGCCGCUAAGACAUCUCAAUUUGGAGGGAAAUAUCAGAAGAAGUAUUAUUCCCGUGUAAGAUGCAAAGGAUCAGAGAAGACCUUAGACCGUUGUAAUUGGGAAGAACACAGUGGCAUGGUUCAGUGCUCCCGGUCAGAUGCUGUAGCUGCUAUUGUUUGCUCUAAAAAAUUGCCAGACCUGGAGCCAAGUACAUAUAUGGUAGAAACAACAUCAUUCCUUCAAGACAGGCACUUGUAUUAUUUAACAUGUGCUAUGGAAGAAAAUUGUUUAGCUAAAUCAGCAUAUGAAAUUAAAAAAAAUAGUCCACGUUGGAGAACAAGCACAAGAAGACUUUUACGAUUUUCCAGUAUUGUUAAAAAUAAAGGAACAGCAGAAUUCAAACCAGCAAGUAGUCGUAGUGACUGGGAAUGGCAUGCAUGUCAUAUGCAUUACCAUAGUAUGGAAAUAUUUGCGCAUUAUGACAUCACUGAUUUGAAUGGUAACCGCAUAGCAGAAGGAUUAAAGGCUAGUUUUUGUUUAGAAGAUUCUGCCUGUGACAGAGGUGUAUUUCCUAAAUUUAGUUGCCAAGGAUAUGGCGAACAAGGUAUAUCAGUAGGGUGCUCAGAUAAUUAUAUGGCUGAUAUAGACUGUCAAUGGAUAGACAUAACUGAUAUGAAACCAGGAAAUUAUAAAUUUAAGCUUGAAGUAAAUCCGAGUUUAUUUGUACCUGAGAUUUCAUUUGAAAACAAUGGUAUGAAUUGUGAUCUUCAUUAUUCAGGAUACUACGCUAGGAUUACAAACUGUAAACUUCAUAGUAUUUUGUGAGAAUCGUUGGUAUUUUCAUAAUUUUGAAAAUAUCGUUACAAUUUAUCCAGAGUUGUACUUUUAUGUGAUGUUACAAUCAAAUUGUUUUGUUCUGCUUUGUCUUUCAUUGUUACCAAAGACUUGAUAUAUUUGUAAAUAAACAACAAAAUUCACCAAACAUUUCGAUUUUUUUCUCGAAAAUCAGAUGGUUUUUGUAUGUACUGUAGUCAAUAUCAUUUAAAUAAAUCAGGAAAAAUGUUAAAACAGAUGACCACCUUUAAAUUGUGUACUCGCAUAUUAAUAAAUUAAACAAAUCAUGUUUUCUCAUUAUAUGUUAUUGUAUGUGUUGCAUUUUUCAUGUAUGAGUAAAUAAAUGAAUAAUGUCCAAAAUGCUAUUUUUGACAUUUAUAAUUUUCAUAAAUAGCAUGAUUCAUUACUUUAUAUGUAUUUCUUAAUAUCUACGUACUGUAUAUAUACAAAAUUAUAAAACAAUACCCUCGAAACGGAAAACAAAUUAUGUAAAAGAGUUUUAUCUAUAUUUUGUAUGAAUAUUUUGAGACAGCUAUCCAACAACACAAAAAUUUCACAUGGCAUAAAGUUCCAUUUCAAGGGGACCAUUUCUAUUCUAUUUUUCCAUUAAACAUUUUAUUUUAUUGGCGUAUAUGGUUAUUUGGGAAAAAAGAUAUAUUACUUCAAGUGACAUGGCAUCGUAAAAUUACAAGAGAAUAUGUAUUUUUAAGUCGAUGUAUAAUUGACUAAACAAAAUAUGAUUAUUUCAAGCUAUCAUAUAUAUAUAUAUAUAUAUACAUUUUUAUUUAGUAUAAAAGUCUUGAAUAGAAAAAGAAAAUGAAAACGAAGGCUCUGAAUUCGGGGUUAAACAAACAAACAUUCUAAAGCAAUGUGUCUUGUGAUUCCAUUUUUAAUUUAAUGACGUCUGCCGAUUCUUCAGGGCCAAUUCGAAUAAAAAUCUCUGGGUUUGGAUAUAAAUGCAAUUCAUUUAGGAUGUUAUUAAUUAAAAAUGUUAACACUGAAUAUUCCAAUUUCUUAUUAAUAUAUUGAUUCUGUAGGUAACUAUUGAUAUAAUAAUUUAUCAUUAUUUGUAUUUUCGUUAAGCAUAUAUGUGUGCUUUUGUAUGUGUCAAAAUCACCAAGAAGGAAAAUUCCAAGGUUAUUUUAAAUCUAUGAUAUUCCUUUUGCAGUAUAUAUUCUUGUAGUAGAUAUAUUUUUCUUUUUCUCAUGGCGAAGCUAAGUUUCUGAGUUUUUCCCAUUAUGAAUUGAGAAUUUGAAUUUUAAGCUUUUUGAUAUUCCUUUUGGAAUUCUAACUACACGUAAAUGAUACCUAAUUUUCAUCUGAUGUUUUAAUUAGAUAUUUAAUAUUAUAAACUCGUUUUUAAAUGUUAAAGAGAAAUUAUGAUAAAUUAGAAAGGAGUUUUAUUUCAACCAUUUUUAAUACGAUUUGUUAUUGUUUUUAUACUUAAAAAAAAAUAUGAUUUUUUUUCUUGGUAAAAAAUAUGACACACUUUUAAAACUUAAAGUUAUCAAUUUAUUUCUCUUGUUUUUUUUUAGUAUAAAAUUCUCUAAAUUGAUAUUCAACUGACGAUUUUUCACACUGUAUAUGCCCUGUGUUUUAAAGUGUGAAUGACUUUGAUCGUAACCCUAGAUUUGAAACUUCUGUAUUCAAAUGUUAUAUUUUUGCUUUAAGCUGAUAAAUGUUUAGCGUUGAUUGUAUCAAAUGAAUGUUGAAUAUUUUGUAUAAAUGUCGUAUUGUAUAGCUUUUACAUGAAACAAAGUCAGCAUUUAUGUGAAACUGUAUGAUAGUAUCUUUUUUACUGUUGUGUAAUGAAGCAUAUGUUUUGUGACAAAAAAACUAAUAUUUUCAGAAGUUAUUAUAUUUAUAUAUUUGUAAACCGAUAAGAAAACAAUUUAUUACAAUAAAAGGCUUUACAAACUUAAAA